GCACACACACACACACACACACACACACACACACACAGUUGAAGCGGUAAGGAAUGAUGUUAAAUGUUUACCAUGCCUGCAGUGAUGUAUGAAAAGCAUUUGUUACAGCUCAUUACUUUCAAGGAAGGAAUGGGUCAGAACAUUAGACAGAAACAAGGAACUGCAGAUGAUGGUUUAUACCAAAGAUAGACACAAAGUACUGGAGUAAUUCAGCGGGUCAGGCAGCAUCUCUGCGGACAAAGGAUGGGUGAAGUUUUGGGGUCGGGAUCCUUCUUCAUUGUUUGGACCAAUGCUGCAAUGUUAAGAACAAGAUGCAGCUUCCUGAAAGGCCACAUUGCACGGGAAUUAUUUGCCAUUGUUCCCCUCUGUUAGUGUCUUUUGCCGUUAGAAUUUGUUUUGGAUGAGUGGAUGAACAUAAUUCAGAAGAAAUUCAGAAAUCGGAAGUGCUAAAGGACUUGGGAGCGCUGGUGCAGGAUUUCCAAAAGUUUAAUUUGUAAGUUGGAUCGGUAGUAAGGAAGGAGAAUGCAUUUAUUUCGAGAGGACUAGAAUAUAAAAAUACGGAUGUAAUGCUGAGGCUUUAUCAGGCCACGUUUCGAGUCGUAUGAGCAGUUUUGGGCCCUGUUACUGAAGAGGCUUGUGCUGAUAUUGGAGAGGGUGCAGAGGAGGUUUAUGAGAAUUAUCUCAGGAAUGAUUGGGUUAUCAUAUGAUGAGCGUUUGACAGCACUGAACCUGUACUCGCUGGAGUUUAGAAGGAUGAGGAGGACUUCAUUGGAACUUAGCGAAUAGUGAAAGGCCUGGAUAGAGUGAAUGUGGGGAGGAUGUUUCUACUAGUGGGAGAGUCUGGGACUAGAGGCCAUAGCCUCAGAAUAACAGGACGCAACUUUAGAAAGAUGAGGGGGAAUUUCUUUAGUCAGAGGGUGGUGAAUCUAUGGAAUUCAUUGCAACUGUGAAGGCCAAGUCAAUAGAUAUUUUUAAGGCAGAAUUGACACAUUCUUGAUAAGGGGGUCAGAGGUUAUGGGGAGAAGGCAGUAGACUGGGGUUGAGAGGGAAAGAUAGAUCAGCCAUGAUUGAAUGGAAAAGUAGACUUGAAGGGCCAAAUGGCCUAAUUCUGCUCCUAGAACAUGACCAUUUAACAAGAAACAUCAUAUUUUGCUGUAUUAAUCCAAUCAUUUUUUAUACUUUUGGAAUCGGUCAGAUGAAGGGUCUCGAUCCGAAACGUCAUGUGUCCAUUCCCUCCACAGAUGCUGCCGGACUUGCUGAGUUCCUCCAGCACUUCGUAUUUUGCUCAAAAUUCCAGCAUCUGCAGUUCCUUGUGUGUCAGCUUUUGACAUCCAGACAGUUUUAAUCUUAGUUACUGUAGACAUAAAGUGCUGGAGUAACAGCGAGCCAGGCAGCGUUUCUGGAGAAAACGGAUGGGUGAUGUCUUGGGCCAGGACCCUUCUUCAGAUUGAAAAUAUGUCUCUCAAGACUCUGACCUUGGUGCUGCUGCCCAAUUGUCUCUCAUUUUAUUCUGUUUGGGAGCAUUUGCAUGAAUACCGACAGCCAUCUUGUACCCUGGCAUAAUGGGUACUCUGGUACCUCUGGGUAUGAUCCCAGCAGGCUGGGGAAUCAGGGACAUCCUUGCCAAGCUCAGGCCUGUUUUGUAGCUGAACACUUUUAAAAGGCUACGACUUCUAUACUGGGCUCCAAGAAUGGGGUGAAGGUCAAUUCACUAUUUCUGCCUGAGUGAUACAUUGUGAGGUUUCAGAAUUGGAUACACUGGGUUCCUGAGAGCAGAAAGACAACAUUACAUUAUUUUUAUUUAUGAAUGCAGGGGAAAUUUCCCUGGUGCAGUAAAUGUUUUUUUAAAUUUAAUUUAGAAACACAAGGAAUUACAGAUGCUGGAAUCUUGAGCAUAACGCAAACUGCUGGAGUAAAUCGACGGGUCAGGCGGCGUCUGUGGACGGAAUAGAUAGGAGAUCGUUCGGGGACCCCUGGUCGGACUGAUUGUAGUGGAGGGAAGAAAGCCGGAAAAGAUCUGACGUGACUGGUGGACAGGGAAAGUGAGAAGAUUUCCAUCAGACUACAGAAUUGUGAAUUUCAUUAAUGAAAGAGUAAAGGCUAUUAGAGGGACAAUGUCACCAGCAUAUUUGUUCGGGUGAAAUGGUACUGCUCUCAUCCAGAGAUGGACCAAUAUUCGCACAUCCUACUGCUAUCAUCAACAGUGGCCUUCGUUGGCGGACUAGUUUUUGGGUAUGAAUUGGGAAUCAUCUCUGGUGCUUUACUGCAGCUUCAGGAGGUCUUCAGCCUCAGCUGCUUGCAGCAAGAAAUCGUGGUCAGCGCUCUUCUGAUUGGAGCCUUCUUGGCCUCACUAGUUGGAGGGGUAGUUAUCGAUUACUAUGGACGGAAAAACUCGAUAGUUCUGAGCGUGGGAUUGGUGUGUGUGGGAAGCAGCAUCCUCCUACUGUCUUCCUCGUUCGCCCUGGUAGUGUGUGGUCGGAUAACCAUUGGAUUCGCCUUGUCCAUUUCAUCCACUGCCUGUUGCAUAUUUGUCUCUGAGAUGGUCUGGCCCCAGAAGAGGGGGAUGAUGGUGUCGCUUUAUGAGGUGGGGAUUACAGUCGGCAUCUUGAGUGCCUAUGCACUAAAUUACCUGUGGUCGGAUGUACGACAUGGAUGGAAGUACAUGUUUGGCUUGGCCAUCGUGCCCGCUAUUCUGCAGGGAAUCUGCAUUUUCUUCCUUCCCUCGAGCUCCCAGAGGGUCAAUAGCCAAACGGACGAGUCCGAGAAAGUGCUGUUGCAGUUACAGAACGGGGAGUACGACGUCCCUGAGUCAGAGGAGGUGACCUCAACUCAAGGAUCCCAACGCCAGUAUAAAUUCCUUGAUAUGUUUCGGGCUAGGGAUAACAUGAGGGGUCGAUUACUGGUGGCAUUGGGUCUGGUGCUCUCGCAGCAGCUGACAGGCCAACCCAAUGUGCUAUAUUAUGCCUCAACCAUCUUUAAAUCUGUGGGAUUUCAGAGUAAUGCUUCAGCAGUGCUGGCUUCAGUAGGACUGGGAGUAGUAAAAGUCAUGACGACUUUGGUGGCUAUGGUAUGUGCUGACAAAGUUGGGAGACGGACACUGCUCAUUGGUGGCUGUUUAGUUAUGUCCAUCUCCGUCACUGUGAUUGCAUUCACCAGCCAAAGCAUCACAACGGAAUUCCACAACGCCUGUAAGACCAAAACACACAGCAAUGGAUCACUUCACCUAGUUAACUCCAGUGGAUCUGUCUCCAAGCCAACAUUCACCAGUGAAAGGCUACUGAACACAAGUCAAAUUUCAUCCUUAUCCACCCAGGGCAAACAACAUUUAACCAUUGACGAGCAGAAAAAUAACAGUGAGGCGACAAUUGAAUUUCACAGUGUUACCGACUUAUUAAGCACUCCGAGUACUUUGGAUAAAAGACUCCAUUCAAGAAAAACCAGGAGUCAUGGCAUACAAAUUCCAGGAAAGACUAUUCAGACUUCUAAACAGUUGGUUUUAAAUUGGAUUACACUGCUUGGCAUGAUGGUCUAUGUCAGUGCUUAUUCAAUUGGAUUUGGUCCAAUGACCUGGUUGGUUCUGAGUGAGAUAUUCCCCACCGGAAUAAGAGGCCGAGCAUUUGCAUUCUCCAGUAGCUUCAACUGGGCGGCAAACCUAGUUGUCACAAUGACGUUCCUAGAUGUUAUUGAUUCCAUUGGACUCGCUGGGACGUUCCUAUUCUAUGGAUUGGUGGGAUUUGCUUCAGUUGCUUUUAUAAGUCUUUGCCUUCCUGAGACAAAGGGUCAAUCACUGGAUGAGAUUGAUAAACUGUUCUCUGCUAGAAGAUUUUCAGAAUUGAGAUGCGGCUGUCUGAGGUCUGGUGGAAGAAGAACAUCUGCGGGCCGUUAUUACCGAGCCAGCAACUUGGUCUUCUAGACCUCACACUGAUAGUGGACGGACCCAUACAUUGUAACACCAACCUAAACAAUUCUUUAAUUUAGAAUGCUGGACCCAGAAUUUGGACGGAGUAUGUUGGUUGUGAUGUGUGGAUCAGUGCUAAUUGGCUGCGAUGGUCGGGAAACCCAAAAGGUUGGGAUGUCCUGCAGAAUUUGAUGUUAAGGUUGAAAGGUCUGACUGACAGGUUGGAGGCCUUUCAGAUGGGAAGUAGUCCGAGAGAGCGCGUUCAUUAACGGGGUGGGUGGGAAGUCCGGAAGGGAUGUGGGUGGCGUUGUGGUAACGGGAAUGCUUCCACUGCUGGUUUAGGAUCAAGGAGAUUAAAUUUUGUGGUAUCUAUGCCUCUCAAGUGGGAACAGAAGGAUGGUUUAGUAAUGGUCAAGGUUGAGUUUAGUGUAGAGAUACAGCAUGGAAACAGGCCCUUCGGCCCAACGAGUCCACACUGGCUGUUGAUCACCCAUGCACACUAGUUGUACGUUAUGCCAAUGCAUUCUAGGAGCAAUUUUUAAAGAGGCCCAUUAACCUACGUCUUUGGGAUGUGGGAGGUGACCGGAGCACCUGGAGGAAACCUACACGGUCACAGCGAGAACAUGCACACUCCAAACAGAGAGCACCCGAGGCCAGGAUCGAAGGGUGGAGCAUUAGAGCUGAUUAGAGCUGAUUAGAUCUGUUGAUGGCCUGGGAAUCUGAUGGUGGUUGAGAGGGGAUUCUGCUGUGGCUGGUCAGGGCAGAGUGGAGGUCAGUGGGGGGGGGGGCAUGACGGAAUGAGGAAGCUCUGUUUACUGGGGCAGGACUGAAGCUUGGUGUAACCGUUCUGGUCCUCCUGGCCUGGGAGCAAUGGCGUAAAAGUACCCACCUCAUGGAUUUCGUUAUUUUUGCCUUUCAGCUGCCAGGUUUCUUAAGAGCUGGACAACCAGCUUGUUGUGGUCAAUGAGUGUAAAAAGAGGGCAGGCUGUUUUAUUACAAUAUUUCAUCUACCUGCUUCCCAUGCAGGGAUUGAGCAGCAACCUUUCAUUUAUCUCCAUUCAAAUAGCAAGAGGGCAUGUUUGAUCUGGGCUUCUGUCGUUCCUGAUUUUUUUCUGAUUUAUGUCAUGGAAGCAGAAUUAAGCCAUUCAGCCCACCAAGUCUGCCACACUAUUCAAACAUGGCCAUCUAUCUUUCCCUCUCAACCCCAUUCUCCUGCCAUCUCCGCAUUAACACCUUUAAUAAUCAAGAAUCUGUCUAUUUCCGCUUUAAAAAUAUCCAUUCACGGCCUCCACAGCCAUCUGUGGCAAUGAAUUCCACUAAUUCACCACCAUCUGAUUAAAGAAAUUCCUCCUCGUCUUUUUUCUAAAGGUACGUCCUUUUAUUCUGAAGGCUAUGCCCUCAGGUCCUCGAGCUUCCCACUGGUUGAAACAUCAUGUCCACAUAUACACUCUAUACCAGCCUUUCAAUAUUCUGUAAGUUUCAAAAGGUUCCUUCUAAACUCCAGUGAGUACAGGCCCAGUGCCAUCAACCGCUCACCAUACGUUAAUCUGUGAUUCAAUCCAGCCUCAUGUCUUUUGGGAAUCGUGAAUUAGUUCUCAGUCCAGGGAGCAUGCACUUAGGCCUGAGUGUCUUCACCAUCACUACCUGUAUAGACACUUUGGUGCUUGCAGGAUUUUUCACCAGGGACAGGGUACAUUGACACAGUUGUGGAUUGUGCGUUCAUUCAUUGGGAGAGUAGCAAAGGGAAGACCCUGACCGUCAAUGGUACAGGGGUAGCACCAUGCAUCAGUUUAGCAUUGCUGGUUUUUAUGUGUUCUAUGAUUAUCAGAGCAUCUGUCACAGGUAGGUCAGGGAAAGCCGUUAAAGGGGAUUUUAACAAGAUUUUUUUAAUCGUAAGUUACUAGAGUCUUAUGUAUUUUUUAUAUUUAGGAAGAUAUGAUAACCUGUAGACUUUACUUUUGGACAUUAAAGAUAUAGUGUGGAAACAUGCUCUUUGGCUCACAUGCCGUACACUAGCACUAUCCUACACACUCAGGACAAUUUACAAUUUAUAGCAACCAAUUAACCUUCAAACCUGUAUGUGUUUUUAGUCUGGGAGGAAACCGGAGCACCCGGAGAAAACAGGGAGAAUGCACAAACUAUGUACAGACAGUGCCUGGAGUCAGGAUCGAACCCGGGUCUCUGGCGCUGCAAGGCAGCAACUCUUCCGCUGCGCCACUGUUCUACUUUUGUGAUUGAACUCAGAUCUGCAAAGGUCAUUGUCUUUCCUUCUUUCAUGGUUGGAAUAGCUGGAAGAUUCAUUUGGAUCUAUUACUGGGUUAUUUGUACUCCAAUGUUAAUUUUCUUUUUAAGUGAUAUUCAUCAUCAUGACUGAAAUGUACACGUAGCAUGAAUUGUUAGUUACUGUUUGGUCUCUCUAUUAAGAAGCAUGUAGCUUUCACUUGUGGCACCGUAUCACAGGCAAGCCUCCCUCAGCUCAUGCUAGGACAACGCUUCACCUAGCUGCUCCCGCACUCUGUGUUGGUUCCGCCGUCUUUGUCAGUAAUGUGUCGCAUAAACUGAACUAUAGCUUAGAUCCUGAUUUUUGAAUCAAGAAAAAUAUUACCAAGCAAUAUGAAGUUGGGCCCAUUUUACCGUCUUUUCACCACCAUGCUAGCAUACUUGUUGCGAAAGACUGUAAAAGUAUAGAACGUGGUGUUACCUUGGGUCAUUCCCAGGUUGAUUGUACAUGGCUCAUACUGUAAUAUUUUUGACCGAAGUCAAUGAUUCAAUUCAGUUCAAUGAUUCAAUGAUACUUUAUUGUCACAUGUAUCAAGGCACAGUGAAAUGCAUUGUUUUGCACGCAACCUGGUAAAAUCAUACAGCAGACCUCACUAGGCAGCACACGAGUAUCGCCACGUUUCCUGCACUGACAAAGUUACAAAAGUUCACUGAACAGUCCUAUCUACUAUUGCCUGCCGCUGCUGGUGGAAGCAGGUUAGACAAUCCCCCCCCCCCCCCCCCCCCC